GACAGUCUUUAUCAUCGUCACCAAACCACCAACCAAACAACACAAGCCCUGUUUUUCUUUUUCUUUUUCUACCCUGCAUAACUGGAUAAUCGGCAAACAUGGAUGACUAUGAUACUAUCUACGGUUCUGAUCGCGGACCUCAGAUUACCAUCAAGGAGGCGGACAGCAGGCAUGCGCAGAUAGUGCUUUCUAACUGCGAUCUUGCUUUCGCAAAUGCCCUUCGCCGUAUUAUGCUCGCAGAGAUUCCCACGAUUGCAAUCGACAUUGUGGAAAUUCAGACAAACACCUCCGUCAUCCCCGAUGAGUUCCUCUGCCAUAGGCUUGGAAUGGUCCCGCUCGACUCGACAAACAUCGACGACAAGUUGAUCUACACCCGCGACUGUUUCUGCGAUCAGUACUGCGAACGGUGCUCGGUUACUCUGUCGUUGCAUGCUAGGUGUACUGGUGAGGAUAAUGUUACGGUGUAUGCGAGGGAUUUGGUCAUUGCGGAGGGAGCGCAAUUGGGCAGUCCAGUUAUCAAUGAUCCUGAGGGGCAGGGAACUGUCAUUUGCAAAUUGCGCAAGGGGCAAGAGCUCCGGUUGAAGUGUAUCGCAAAGAAAGGAAUUGCGAAGGAACAUGCCAAGUGGGCUCCCACGGCGGCCGUUGGGUUCGAGUACGAUCCUUGGAAUAAACUUAGGCAUAUUGAUUACUGGUAUGAGGAAGAUGCAAAGGAGGAAUGGCCUAAAUCCAAAUAUGCAGACUGGGAGGAGCCUCCCAUUGAGGGUGAGCCUUUCAACUAUGAUGCAGUUCCCUCCCGCUUCUACCUCGAUAUCGAGUCUGCCGGAUCCCUUCCGCCGGACGAGAUCCUCCAGCAGGGUAUAAAAUACCUCCAGGAGAAACUCGCUGCCGUGAUCGAGACCUUCAGUAAUAAGAAUGAGACUGGUGAUGGAUUUGGCGACGGUGUCAGGAGCCCCGGACAGGAUUAUUCAAUGGGUGGAAUGGGCGGCGGUGGAGCCGGCUACGAGACUCCGUAUCAGGGUGGGCGGACACCAUUCGGGGGUGGUGGGUUUGGCGGCGCUACCGAGUACGGGGGUCGGCUAAUGGGUGGUCAUAAGUGUGUCGCUGCGGUAGCGAUGGGAUAGUUGGGGUGGGUUUCUUGGUCUCGCUGUUGGGGCUAACUUUCUUGCUAUAAAAAGUAGUUUUUUUCAUUUUCGGUUUUUUUCAAAUUUUCAUAUCUUUCAUGCUUUUCCGGGUUGUCGGUGUGUGCCACUUUUACGUUUGAAUGCCUAGCUGUGUACAGUACUCGUAGAAUAACUAUCCACCUACAUUAUCACCAAU